AUGGAACUACAAAAUGUUGAUCCUUUAUCCAACAGUAUUCUGCCUACAACCAUUUCACUGAUCAAUGGACCUGCUUUGCAACAACAACCCACGUGUUUAACUACUUCAAAUAUUAACAUUAAUUGUAUAAAUGAUGAGUCGGACGAACAAUCCGAUAAUGAAUUUGAAGAACAAUUAGAGCUUUAUGAAGGACAAACGUUUCAAACAGCUGAGGAAGCAUAUGUUAUAGUUGAGUCCUUUGCUCAUUCAAAUGGAUUCGGAAUUCGGAAGGGACGUGUUGAAAAGGAUUCAAGUAAUGGGCGUGAAAUUUCAAGGUCAUUCAUAUGUCGUCAUGCUGGAAAACCGUCAGACAAAAACAAAUCAUAUAAAACAGAAGAAUCUGGCUCAUGCCGAACUGAUUGUAAAUGGAAAGUCAAUAUAUACUGGAAUAAGCGUUCAAAUAGAUAUCGUAUAUCUACCUUUACAAGCACUCAUACUGGUCAUACUCCCGAUCCUACCACCAUACAAUUUAUUCCCAAAAAUCGAAAGCUUACUGAUGAGAUGUUAAAAGAUAUUGAAUUUUAUACUUUAUCAGGAAAAAUUAAUGCAAGUGCUCAGUACCGACUUCUUCUGGAAAAGUACAAAGUUUCUAUUCAUCGUAGCAAUUUAUAUAACGCAAUUACAAAGGAGGAGGAUUCAAGAUGGGUCAUUGAAUGGCGUUUUGAUCCAGAUACUAGCUCAUAUUCCUGGUUACUUGAUGUCUUACUUAAAGCUACCGAUGGGCUUUAUCCAAAUAGCAUCUUGACAGAUGCUGACCCCGCCAUGACACUUGCCAUUUCCACUAUUUGGCCUUCAACUCAGCAUUUACAUUGUAUCUGGCACAUUGGUCAGAACUUACAAAAAAAACUUAAAAGCAAAUUAGGAUCUGAUUGGGAUUCAUUCAUCAAGGAUUUUUAUAAAACCCGGAAUGUAUUGGAUCCAAAAAUAUUUGAAAAUCGGUUUAAAUCUUUGCAAGAACGUUAUCCAAAAGCAAAUCAAUAUCUCAACAGAGCUUUAUAUCCUGAUAGACAAUCUUGGGCAAGAGCAUAUACCUUUCGUCACUUUACUGCCGGUGCACAAGCAACCAGUCGCGUUGAGUCAAUUAAUUCGCAUAUCAAAUCUAUUAUAAGCCGUGGCUAUACAACUUUGUACGAUUUGUUUAAUUCGCUUGACUUCUUGAUCGCUAGCCAAGACUAUCAUUAUGACUUUAUUAGUUGGAAAUCUUCAAAUCCAAACAUUAAACCACCAAACGUUUGUGAUACUAUGUAUACAAAUGUUGACACCAUUCUCAAAACCUUCGUUGCGCCAAAUUUAAUUGAAAAAAUUCGUUACGAAAUAAACCAUAGCCUAUUUUACCAUUCUGCUAAAAUACACCCAGAGUCUUUACAUUUAUGUCAGGAAAAUAUCACUUUAUUACUUUUACUAUGUUAUAUAGUGGUGCAAGAUAAUGACGAAGCAUUCGUCGACAAUGCGUUUGAUUAUCCAUUGGCUCACUCUUUUGCGCUCUUCAAAGAAGUCGAAGACAAAGUAGUUGAAGUUUGGGAAAUAAUACAUAUGACCUGGCAACAUUCCCGGCUUCACGUAUUUUUGCUUAAAGAUGGUUCUUAUAUAUGCAGUUGUAUGUUAUUAGUCAAUCGUGGAUAUCCAUGCAGGCAUUUUUUCCGGGUUAUGGCGUACUCUUCUGCCGCAAAAUUUUCUAUUAAUUUUGUGGCAAAGCGUUGGUUGCUUGAAAAAUAUCAAGAUAAUGAUCUUGGUAUACAGCCUCUUGUUAAUCUGUCUACAGUUUUUUUAUCCGAACCAUCUAAGUCAUUAAUUCCAACUACUAUAUUACGGUCAAAUGAAUCUGCCAACUUAUUUUCUGCACAAAAUGCAAUGUCAACUAUGACUCGUCUUUCGACGUCUGUCGUUGCUAAAAAGGCAAUGCAAAAAAAAAAAGUUUAUGCUGAAACUAUUGGAAUUGCACGAAAAGCAAUAAAUAUCGCAAUUGAAAAGGAUGAUCCACACGUUCUUAAGUUUUUAAAGGGUUAUAUUCUUCAAAAUGAACGUUCUCUUGUUGAAAAUACAACUGAGGCAUCCUCCUCUGGUUACAAAACAAACGUUCUUAAAGAACGUCCUGAAGUAAAUAUCAUCCCUGAGAAAUCUCAAGUUUCUAAUCCUGUCAAGAAAGCUAGAAAAGGGCGACCACCAAAAAUAGCACGUUAUCAGUCAUCGCUUGAGAAUCCAUCGUCAAAAGCUCAAGAAAAACGACCACGUGGCCCUGGAACUAAUACGUGUGGCGAAUGUGGUGGUAAAGGUCAUAAUCGUCGAUGGCAUUCCAAGCAUGAAAAUAAAAGCUACGAUUCUGGGAUUAUAUGUGAACUUUGCGGUGGGUGUGGCCAUAAAAAAGAAUUGCAUAAUCAUGAUCUUAUAGAGGAAAAUGAGAAUGAAUGGGUUGGCUCAAGUGGUUCUGAGUCAGGUGCUGAAAUGGAUAAUAUUGAGUAA